AUGUCGGCCAAUGCGGCCAUGAUUGGGGCCGUGAUGAUGCUCUCUGUUCGAGGCCUGAUGGCACAACUCACGACGCGAAUCAACUUCAAGGAAGGCUAUGACCUGCAGACCAAGGCAGGAACAAGACGAUUGGCUGAGGACAUCAAGGCCGAACCACCUCGGCACGGAUGGGUGAGCCUUCCAUGCACUCGGCUCACAGGCCUGGUGAACCUCGCCCAAACAGAUGAAUGGGAAGAAGCAAACUUCCAGAAGCGGCAGCAGCGGGACCUUCGAAGAGCUGAUGAAGUUGUGUCAGCUGCCGAGCCCAUCUUGGAGACCGGUGGAGAUCUGAGUUGGGAGUGGCCAACCACGGCCAAGAAAGGCUGGUCAUCCAAGGCGAUCAGCAAGUUGACGAGAUUGGCCCACAAGCACAACCGCCGCCUUUACUGUUGCAACUUCCACGGUUGCGCCUACGGGUUGACCUGGCGAGGACAUCCUGUCCAAAAGAGCUGGACGGUGGCAACUACAUGCCGGGAAGUUUGGUUAGCACUUCAGCAACGUUGCACAGGUCAUACAGAUCACGCCCACUGCCGAGGACAAGUGGCCCAAGCUUCGAGCUAUUACCCAGAGCUCAUGGUGAAGGCCGUGACCUAG